AUGCUCCCCCACCCCUCAGGCUCCCUCCCCAUCCUCCUACUUUUCCUCCUCCCCAGUGUCCCAAUGGAGCCCCACGCCUCACCCUCACCCCUGCCCCCAUUUCCAGUCCCUGAGUGGGACCUCUUGUCCCCCCGAGUAGCCCUGUCCAGGGGUACCCCCGCUGGGCCCCCUCUGCUCUUCCUGCUGGAGGCUGGAGCCUUUGGGGAGCCAACUGGCAGCCCGGCCAACCGCACUCGGCGGGGGGUGAGUGAGACAGCACCAGCGAGUCGCCGCGGAGAGCUGGCUGUGUGUGACGCAGUCAGCGGCUGGGUGACAGACCGCCGGACUGCUGUGGACCUGCGUGGGCGCGAGGUGGAGGUGCUGGGCGAGGUGCCUGCGGCUGGUGGCAGUCCCCUUCGCCAGUACUUCUUUGAAACCCGCUGCAAGGCUGACAGCGCUGGGGAAGGUGGCCCCGGUGGGGGUGGAGGAGGCUGCCGGGGUGUGGACCGGAGGCACUGGGUGUCUGAGUGUAAGGCCAAGCAGUCCUACGUGCGGGCAUUGACUACCGAUGCCCAGGGCCGUGUGGGCUGGCGAUGGAUUCGAAUUGACACUGCCUGUGUCUGCACGCUCCUCAGCCGGAAUGGCCGGGCCUGAGGCCCAUGCCUGGGAACUGGGCAGGUAGAGGAAGAAGAGAGCUGGAUGCUGAAAGACCUCAGGGGUGGCCUGGCUGCUCUAGGCCUCAGUUUGGGAACUCGUCAAAUGGUCACAAAAAUCACAGCUCUCCGAUUUUGAGAGCUCCAUCUGGGCAAGAAAGACAGAUGGUGAAACCAAAUGGGGGUUUUGAAGGAUGAAUAGGAGUUCUCUUGGAUGAACUUGAGGGUAAUAAUGAUGAUGAUGAUGAUAGCCAAUAUUUUCUGAGUGCCUACUGUUUAUGAGCUCUAAUACACAUCUUGUCAGAUCA